UCCUCGAACUGGACGGUGCCUCGCGCGUGCAACGCUGGACUCUCACGCAGAGCGCUCGAAUACCUGGUGAGUCGCGAUCCAGACUGGGGAGGUGGCCAGGACGCUGCAUACGUUGCCGUGAAGAGGAACCACCUGCACGUGCUGCAGUGGCUGAACGAACGGUACCCUGAUCGGACGUCGUGGGGCAGCCACAAGGAGCGCUGUCUGCUGAACAAGGCGGCAGAACUCAGGCAUCUUUCGGUUGUGCAAUGGUUGCACGCCAACCGUAGGGAGAAAUGCACCGCCUUCGCCAUGAGCAUUGCUGCCUCCAAUGGAGACCUUGCGAUGGAACAAUGGCUGCACGAGAAUCGACGUGAAGGGUGCACCAAGCAAGCUAUGGACGAUGCAGCGGAGAAUGGGCAUUUGGCAGUGGUGGGGUGGCUCCAUUCUAACCGUCGAGAAGGAUGCACAGAGGACGCCAUGGACGAUGCCGCUGCAAAUGGCCAUCUUGAAGUGGUG